AUGUCUAUACGUCCUUACCGAAAUACCCUGCCGCAGAUCCACCCCAGCGCGUACAUUGACGAGUCGGCCGUGGUCAUUGGCGAUGUGACAGUGGGAGAAGAUAGUUCCUUCUGGCCCACUGCCGUUGCUCGGGGUGAUGUGGAGCGAAUUGUGAUUGGCAAUCGCACCAACAUCCAGGACGGCAGCGUGCUGCACGUCACCCACGACGGCCCCUACUCUCCGGGAGGCCGGUCGCUGAUUAUCGGUGAUGGCGUCACCGUUGGCCACCGGGUAACGCUGCAUGCCUGCACCAUCGGCAACCACUGCCUGAUUGGGAUGGCCGCGCUGGUGAUGGAUAACGUGGUGAUUGGCGAGGAAUCGCUGAUCGCUGGGGGCUCGGUGGUGCCGCCGGGUAAGGUUGUUCCGCCGCGCACGUUAUGGCGCGGUAAUCCGGCCAGGGAAGUCAGGGCGCUAACGGACGCUGAGGUUGAGAACCAGCAUUAUUCGGCUGAUCAUUACAUCAAGAUUAAGAAUUACUAUCACCAGUGA